AAAAACAAGAGGCUGGGCAAAGGCAGAGAGAGACAGGGAUCGCGAAGAAGCAGACAGGGCUAAACAUUGCAGCGGGAAAAAAUGCAUCAGAAUUACAUGUAUUGAAAAUACAUGGAUGGAUGCAGCUCUCGUGUCAUUUUAAUGAUACAGUAAUAAUAAUAAUAAUAAUAAUAAUAAUAAUAAUAAUAAUAAUAAUUACAUGCUGAGAGGAUGUCUCCGUCAUACAAGAACAGCAGAUAAUGGAUGCAGUAGGCUCGCCAACAUAAAUAUUUGGAUCAUUUGGCAAUAAACGCUGUUAUUACUCAAGCAGGCAGAUCGCACUGAAAGCAGUUUUGAAGGGGAUUCUCCCAUCGCUGACAAUCCCCCUAUCCUGCCCGGGUUUCUGCUGUUCUUCGUAGCGGAGAGAACGAGCACCGCUCUGGGUCCCAUAAGCACUGAAAUCAGGAAGAGGGAGGAGAGGAAAGAAAACCAGCCACCCUGCGGGAUCUUUGGGACGAAAUAGAGAAUUGGAGGAGCUGAACUGGAGAAGCUAAGAGGCAUUAAUACACACGAGACAGCAGGACCUUCCCUCUCUCUCUCAGUCUCUCUCUCUCUCAUCUCGAUAUACCUCACAUAUACAGCUACAUAUCAAUAGUCACCUUGGCAACCAGUCUCUCUCUGAACACUCUCGUCUGUGAAAGACAGAGAGAGAGAGGACCAAGAGGAAGAUGUGAUGUUUGAAGCAGGGAGGAACGAAGAUUAGCACACAACACGCCUGUUCUGACCUCCAACAGCAGCCAAACUGAACAACAAAAAGCAACAAACAACUGAGGCAAACAAAAAAACAAGCCAGGCUUUGAAAACAGGUGGGGAAGGUAGCUGACCUUUUUUAAUAAGGCCUCUGCACAGAUACUGUUCAACUGACAACCAGGAAGUCUAGCCGGGACUCCUGCCUGCAGAGGACAAGGUGCUCCGGACUGUUCUGCACUCAAGCUCCUUUUCACAACGUACCAGUGUGGGCUGAGUCUCCGGAGUCGAGACAAUGAGGAAUAUGAAGGCGCAGAGAGAAGCCAAUAAGUGAUUAGGAAAGAUAGCAGGCACCCAAUCAAACUAAAGAAAGUUUAGCCUGUCGGUUGUUUAAGUCCACAGAUUUGUAGUCAGUGGAAGCUAAGAAGAGUUCUUUAACUAUAGUGAUACAGGUGGUUGGGUAUAGCCAAUCAGUGGAUUGGGGUGGGGAGAUAUUAGCCAAUCACUGAUUCAGAAGAGUAGAAAAGGAGUUGGGACAGCCCAGCCAAUUAGUGAAGCAGGUGAAAACGCAGCAGUGGAGAAAGAGAGAGUAGCCGGGGGAGGCAGUGUGUCCUCACUUUGUCCCACUAUGCGGUGUUCUCUGCGGAUGUGGGUGCUGCUGGCGUCUCUUGCGCUGCUGUUCUUCUCCUCGCUCCUCUUCUCAUUGUCGCUGCGAGGAGCCAGCCUGCCCUAUCUGGACCCUCCCGGCUGGGAGAUGGCCCACAGGGUCAAACUGGUGCCCAGCUAUGCAGGCAUCCGGAGGCUGGACUCGCCAGAGGGGGCGCUGCAGCGGACCUGUGCCUGUCAGAGCUGCGUGGGGGACCCCGGCGUGUCGGACUGGUUCGAUGAAAACUACGACCCUGAUAUCUCGCCCGUCUGGACCCGUGACAACAUCCAGCUGCCUCCGGAUGUCUACUAUUGGUGGGUGAUGCUUCAGCCGCAGUUCAAGCCUCACAACAUGCAGCAGGUCCUGUCCAAGCUCUUCGAGGUGAUCCCGGGCCGCAGUCCCUAUGGCUCGUGGGACCCGGCCCGCUGCCAGCGCUGCGCAGUGGUGGGGAACUCUGGGAACCUGCGGGGAGUGGGCUACGGCCGGCUCAUUGAUGGCCACCAGUUCAUCAUGAGAAUGAACCUGGCUCCCACACUGGGCUACGAGGAGGACGCUGGCAGCCGCACCAGCCACCACUUCAUGUACCCCGAGAGCGCCAAGAACCUGCCUGCCAAUGUGAGCUUCGUGCUGGUGCCCUUCAAGACACUGGACCUGCUAUGGAUCACCAGCGCCCUCUCCACCGGGCAGAUCCGCUUCACCUAUGCACCAGUGAAGCAGUUCCUGAGAGUGGACAAGGACAAGGUGCAGAUCUAUAACCCGGCGUUCUUCAAGUACAUCCAUGAGCGCUGGACGAAGCACCACGGCCGUUAUCCCUCCACUGGCAUGCUGGUCCUGUUCUUUGCACUGCACGUGUGUGACGAGGUGAACGUGUUUGGGUUUGGUGCCGACAGCCGGGGAAACUGGCACCAUUACUGGGAGCAGAAUCGAUACGCCGGCGAAUUCAGAAAAACAGGGGUCCACGACGCAGACUUUGAAGCCCAGAUAAUCAACUCACUGGCCGAGGCCGGCAAGAUCCGAGUGUUCCGAGGGAAGUGAGUAGCCGGAGAGGGGGGCCCGGACUCUUACCUCCUGUGACAAAUAGAGGAGGAAAACACGGAUAGGACUGUUCUUGAACUCCAGCAUGGGAGGUGAGGGUUGUCACGAUCCGAACAGGAGAGUGCAUUGCUGAAAACGGACGGCUUUUCAAAAGAUGUCGUGGCUCCUCAGAUACUCACUGGUUUCAUAGCUGCAGAGGAUUCACUCUUCUAUCAUAGUGCGCUCCUGCUCAGCCAAUAAAACCCCAAAGGUCUUGUCACAUGGUCGUGUGGCCCUCAGCUCUCCUGCUGUUUCCUCACAGGCUCGGAGGGAGGCAGAGACACAGCAGGGUUGGCAUCACUGCCUGACACAGCACCUGCUUCUCAUGCAGUAGAGCUGCCACCCGCACAAAACACAUCCCUGGAACACACACUAGGGGGAGCUGUGUUCAUCUGCAGUCAUAUUCUUCAAAUUGGAAUAAUUUCUUUAAAUCAUGUAUCUUUUAAAUACAGUACCUUUUACUAGAGGUAAUAUCAGAGUAAGCUCAGAAAUCUGUGCAAUAAGCACAUUGACCAGACCAAUGACUGGAUUAGCGCUACACCAUUGAAUAUUAAUCAAUAUUUAGUUGUUUUUUUGUAUGUGUAUGCCUGUGGUGAUACAAAAGCAUUAUGAUCUGAGACCUGCAGCUGCCCCCUAGUGUCUGUUUUUGGGAUCCCCACACUGGAAGCAGCACAGCAGAAAAUCAUCAAAUAUGUGUUAAAGGGUGACUCAGAAAUGCAUCGUUAUUUUUCCGUACUUCAGACCUGAGAACUAUAUAUACUGCACUGUAUAGGGCUAAGGUAAAUAUAUCAGUAAAUCAAUAUGUCAGCUAGGUGAACAGUUCAGAUAAUACCUCUUGCAGCAACACAGUCUACUUUACAUCGUUGCUUAUAGUUGAACAUGCUUUAUGGCUGAGUGUUAUUUUUUGUUCGAGUCUGGAUCUCAAACAGGAACAAGGAUGUCCCUCGAAUACCAUGUGCAUGACAGCAUGAGCACUGCAUACAUUUAAACUAUAUCUAUUGUGAAAGAUUUCACUUAAUAUGAGGUUCGUUUCACUGUGCCUGCUCCUGGGCAGGCUGGUAUGAAGCUGUGUCUAUGGACUCUAAACACUGUGGCAUUGGAACCACGGGGCUGUCUGGGCACAGCUUGUAAUCUCACUUCAGUAUUCCUUGCUUUAAACAAAAAUGCUUUUUA